UUUUGCAUUUUCAAGUGCCUUUUUUUUUGGGUCCUUCCAUCGCUUCCGUUGGUGGUGGCUACAUGCUAGUUAGCGUCAUUAGCACCUCAUAGCAACUAGCAGGGAUAUUGUUUUCUUUUCCAAUGACAUACAUUCCUCACAGUUGAUCACAUACAACACAUGCCCCAUGACCAGCCCCAGAAGCCACAGGCAUGAGACGGCGUCCUCAAAUAGAGUGAAAACACUGGACUUCAAAUGGGAUGCUCCACAAUAAGCAGACGGUAGCACCCCCCCUAAAUUAGUAUUAACUGUGCCAAUGGAGGAGGAAUCACUGCAACCUCCUGGCAGCAACCCGGUGAGAAAAGAUGUGGGACAAAGCGCAGAGAAGACGAGUGAAUCAGAGACGACCAUUGAAGCGGAGAAGACGAGUGAAUCGGAGACGACCAUUGAAGCAGAGAAGAACAGCGAAGCAGAGAAGAGCAGCGCAACAGAGAUGACCGGCGCAGCAGAGAUGACCGGCGCAGCAGAGAUGACCGGCGCAGCAGAGGUGGCCGGCGCAGCAGAGAAGACCGGCGCAGCAGAGAUGACCGGCGCAGCAGAGAUGACCGGCGCAGCAGAGAUGACCGGCGCAGCAGAGAAGACGAGCGAAGACGAGAAGACGAGCGAAGCCGAAAAGACCAGCGUAGCCGAGAAGACCAGCGUAGCCGAGAAGACCAGCGUAGCCGAGAAGACCAGCAUAGCCGAGAUGACCAACGUAGCCGAGAAGACCAGCGUAGCCGAGAAGACCAACGUAGCCGAGAAGACCAGCAAAGCCGAGAAGACCAGCGAAGCAGAGACAACCAGCAUAGCAGAUAAGAUCACACAAAAAAAACAAGAUGCAACAGAAACCCCUGCUUCAGGUGUUGGAGGAGAAACACUAGGAGAUGAGAAGAAUCCCAUAAAUGACAAAGCGAAACACCAUGUUGACAAUCCUCCUACUGAUUGGCUGGAACCACUUGAUGAUGAUGAGCAAAGUGAGGAUGAUCAGCAAAGUGUAAAGAGUCAUAGUGAAAAAGCAAUGAAAGGAGCGACGAAGCGUGGACACACCCGACGCAAGCGUACACAUCCUGAUGAGGGCUGGGUUGAUGUCCCUGCUCUUGGAGAGGGUUGGAGACGAAAAGAGGUUAUCCGGCGCUCAGGUUGUAGUGUUGGCCAAAAGGAUGUCUAUUACAUCAGCCCAGAUGGUAAUCGAGUGAGAAGCAAAGUCGAGCUGAUGUCAUUGCUUACGGAAAUUGACAUGUCAAAUUUUGACUACAAAGAGGGGAUGUUCUACAAUGGCCUACCGAAACCUCGACGCAGGGCGAAAGCUAAGAAGACGCAGAACCAAGAUUGCGCUGAACCAAGCUUGGUGAAGAAAGAGGGUGCACAUCCUCCGGAAUCCAACCAUAUGCUCCCUCCUAAGGACUGGUCCAAAAAUCUCUACUCCAAUCAAACGUCUUUCUCCACGCAGAAACCAACGGGAAUUUCUUACAAAAAGGCUGCCAAUGAGAAUGUGGUACCCAGUAUUAAAAUUAAGAUUCAUCGGCAGGUGUCAUCCUUACCGCUCCCCUCCAUAAAUGGAGAAAUUGGCACUGAGGAAAACCAACUGAAAUGUUGGAGAUGUGGUCUGUGCUUCUUUGGCACGUGGUACGACAGGCAGAGAAAGAGACCCUACUGUCCUUCAUGUUGGGCCUCAAAAUCAAAUGAACACCCAAUGGUUCGAUUCCGGAAGUGGUUUCCAUGUGGGGAGUGUGUGGGAUGUCGUACCACAACAAACUGCAACCAGUGUGCCAACUGCAAGAAUGGACUCAAUAGCCCGGAAAACAGAAAACGAAUAUGCAGAAUGCGCAAAUGCAUCUCUCCCAUUCGUAAGGGCUCUGAAAGUGAAGAAAUCCAGCCUGUCGUGCCACAAAACGACGAUCUGGAUUUACUAGAAGAUAGCAUGAGUUUUCAGGAGGAAAUUACAGAAUCACAGCAAGAGAGUCUAAAAAGCAGAAACACUGACAACUUUUCUUCCAUUAUGGACUUUGAUGACGAUGAUGAUGACAUGUCAACUGAUGAUGAUGAUGAUUGGCAUAGAAAACGUAAACGGCGCGCUUGUGGGAAAUGCAACGCGUGUCUCUGCAGGAAGGACUGCGGCACGUGCGACUUCUGCGUGGACAAACCCAAGUUUGGUGGCCGAAAUAAAAAGAGGCAGAAGUGUCGCCUCCGACAGUGUCAAAGACAGGCAAUGAGGCACUUGCUGCCCCUUCAGAUGUCUCACAGUGAGUGUAAGUCAGAUGAUCCAUUGUUGCCAGGCAGGCCGAGGCCUCACUACACAUACAGUCGGAAGACGAAUUUAAAGAAUAAAAAAACAUCAGUGUCCUUGGAUUUCUCUGACGAUGACCUCCAAGAUUUGAGUUGGAGCUCAGAACCUUCGAGCAGUACCAAACACAUGGACAUAAACCAGAUUGACUCUUCUAAACAGUUAGUUCGUUCAAUUUUGGAAGAGCAACAUCAAACAGCACGACGAGAUCUUGGCCGAGAAAACAGUGCUCAAUUUCCAUUUUUGCUGGACGAGCAAAAUGAAAGGGAUGAAGAUGAUUUUCACUUUGACACAGAUCCUCAUAUGCAGGUUGAAGAGGGCGAAGAGCUGCCAAUGAUCACACAGAUCUUCAGUUUGGCUGAAAAACCUGCAGAGAACGUAGCAGACUUUGAUAUUCAUCUUAAGAAACUGCUCACUUCUUUGCGCCAGACCACAUUGCCAAUCCUGUGGUGUGCCAUAUUGGUGGAGGGCCCACAGCUUCAGCUCAUCCAAUGUGCGAAACAGUCCACCAUGUCCGACACCAUAGUGCUCAUCGACCCAGGCUUUUUCUAUCAGGUCACCGUACAAAGUCAACCGCUGGCAUCCACCCACACGCUCUAUAACGAUUACCCGCCGAAGUUGACCUCCGUGAGUGAAGUGGUCAGACUGCUUUUGGGCCUGGAAAACUAUGUUCUGUGCAGGGGGUUGCCCCCCAAAAGGCCGUUUUCCACUAAUGGCCCGAUCACAUUGGAGCGGGCCUCGACGUGUGAUUUCUUAGUGGAGAAAAGGGUGAGCAUCUGCUCUAACUGCAAAUUGCUUUGUGGAUGAGGAAGUUCAACUUCAGAGUGAGGAACAAACGUUUCACCAAGCUGAGGAGGGCGCUGCUGUAUCCUGCGUACAGGAUUGAUGCAUCACCAAAGGCAUUCCAAGAACAUUCAUUCUUCUGUGUUUUUCUUUUGUCACUCUUCUGAAUUGUGAUAGAAGGUGCUGCGUCCUCUCAGACCGUUUUGUGUGGUUACCGGUGCUGGUUGAUCCACAUUUACUUGAGGAACUAAAACCUCUUCCUACCUUUUCUAUUAAUUCCAAUUCUCUUGCCCAAAGCCGUGCCUCAGUUAUGAUCAGCCUUCCCAAUAAUUCCUCAUUUUCACAUUUUAUGUUUGCUACUUUUUUUUUCUUUACCAAAAAGGUCAGGUCGUUACUUACUUUUGUGUAUUUUCCUCUGUUAAACUUCAACAUGCCACAUCACAAAGCGCUAUACAAGAAUCCACCAAAAAAUGUUAAAAUGUUUGAUUUGGACAGAAAUUGCUGUGUUUAUACAGUAUGGUCGGAUAUUUUAGUAGCAUCCUUAUUGAGAUCUGAUCCAGAUAUCAGCAAUUCCGUCUCUAAGGCAGCACGGUGAACCAGGGGUUAGUGCGUCUGCCUCACAAUACGAAGGUCCUGGAUUCGAUCCUGCGCUCGAGAUCUUUCUGUGUGGAGUUUGCAUGUUCUCCCCGUGACUGCGUGGGUUCCCUCCGGGUUCUCCGGCUUCCUCCCACUUCCAAAGACAUGCACCUGGGGAUAGGUUGAUUGGCAACACUAAAUUGGCCCUAGUGUGUGAAUGUGAGUGUGAAUGUUGUCUGUCUAUCUGUGUUGGCCCUGCGAUGAUGUGGCGACUUGUCCAGGUAGUACCCUGCCUUCCGCCCGAUUGUAGCUGAGAUAGGCACCAGCGCCCCCCGCGACCCCAAAGGGAAUAAGUGGUAGAAAUGGAUGGAUGGCAUUACCUAAUUUUGUGUAUUUUCCUCUGUUAAACUUCAACAUGCCACAUCAAAAAGCGUUAUACAAGAAUCCACAAAAAAAGGUUAAAAUGUUUGAUUUGGACAGAAAUUGCUGUGUUUCUACAGUAUGUUCGGAUAUUUUAGUAGCAUCCUUGUUGAGAUCUGAUCCAGAUAUCAGCAAUUCAAUUUCUAAGGCAGCACGGUGGGUCAGGGGUGAGUGCGUCUUCCUCACAAUACGAAGGUCCUGGGUUCGAUCCUGCGCUCGGGAUCUUUCUGUGUGGAGUUUGCAUGUUCUCCCCGUGACUGCGUGGGUUCCUCCGGGUACUCCGGCUUCCUCCCACCUCCAGAGACAUGCACCUGGAGAUAGGUUGAUUGGCAACACUAAAUUGGCCCUAGUGUGUGAAUGUUGUCUGUCUAUCUGUGUUGGCCCUGCGAUGAGGUGGCGACUUGUCCAGGUAGUACCCUGCCUUCCGCUCGAUUGUAGCUGAGAUAGGCUCCAGGCCCCCCCGUGACCCCGAACGGGACAAGCAGUACAAAACGGAUGGUUGGAUGGAUUUAAAAGAAAGAAAAAAAAUCCUUUUAGCAUUUUCAAAAGCUUUGAUAUUUGUCCAAUCUUAACAGAUCAAGUUGUCCUUGUGUUUAUGCAGUUUCGGAUCAUAUUUAAUUACAUUUUUUUUUUUUUUUCUAAUUUGGGACCUUAGCUUUUGUGAUUUUGUAGGUGACAGAUUCAGGCUUGAAUCAAUUGCACUGGUUACUGUUUAUUUGUCAAUAAUAUUGCCACACAUUACUGUAAAUGAAUGAUUUAUACCGCCAACAUGUUUUGGGGAAAAUGAAUAAAUGCAAUAUAAAAACACUGUAUAAAAUACAGAAGGUUUAUGCACACACACUCUUAAAAUUAUCAUUUUUUUCCCACAAAACUCUUUGUUGCUACUUGAGGAAGAAAAUAAGGCUUUCAGUUUACAAGCAUGGAGUAUGGAAAUUAGAUAUUUGAUUAGGCCAUUAAUGAUUGGUUUGAACCAUUAUUUUUCCUGGGUCGAAAUUUUGAAUAAUGUACACUUUAAUUUGGGUGAAAAGUUUGAAUUAUUUAAAAUGUUCUCUGGGUUUGAUUGAUUGAUUGAGACUUUUAUUAGUAGAUUGCACAGUACAGUACAUUUUCUGUACAAUUGACCACUAAAUGGUAACACCCCAAUAAGUUUUUCAACUUGUUUAAGUCGGGGUCCACGUUAAUCAAUUCAUCACAGUUUACACAUGAUCACUUAAUUAUAUUCAAAAACAUACAUUAUUUUUGUUUCAAUGUCCUUAUUUCUGUAGCUGUCCUUCUGGCAAAAUGUUACAAAAGAGUUGGUAAAGUUGGUGUUUUUUUUGGCACGGACCAAGUCGGCUUUUAAUCAUACUGUAGACCACAACUGCUCAAUACGAUUGAUGUCUGGGUUUUGGCAGAGUACAUUCCAGAAACUUAAUGUUGCUCUUAAUGUUUGAGAUCAGUUAUCAUGUUGUGUCCAAGCGUUUGCUGUGUAGCUGUUGAUUUGCGGUAAAGCUGAAGAACGUGAAAGUAGUCAACAUUUGCAGCUGAAAAUUCUUUCUUGGCCUCCAUCCUCCUCUAAGACAGCGACCUUGGUGUAGCAGCAGUUUUUAGUUCAUGACAGGCUUGAGUCUUGUCUAUCAUGAAUUGAUCAACGUGGACCCCGACUUAAACAAGUUGAAAAACGUAUUCGGGUGUUACCAUUUAGUGGUCAAUUGUACGGAAUAUGUACUGAACUGUGCAAUCUACUAUUAAAAGUUUAAAUCAAUCUGAACAUCUGAGAGGAACAGUUUGGGUCUCCUUCCAUACUUUGACAAAGCUACUGAUGCUUUCAAAUAACUUCAUUUGUUCAAUGGAUCGGGCUUGGACUCUGCACUUGUUUAAAAGUCGUUCUAGAAGACUUUCCCAACUUGUGUACAACGGUACCUCCGUUUUCCUUGGUAAUCCGUUCCAAAGAACUGAAGAAAACCAAGUGGCCCAAAAUUUGAAACUAAAUAAUUGCCAAUUCAGUGACUCCUUUGCAGCAAUCUAAAAACAAAACCUGUUUUCGUAGUUCUAAUACUAUAGACGUACUACUUUGCUAAGAGUUCUUGAGUUCAAGACUGUUUCUCACCUUCUGCUGGCACUUGCAUUUUUCUUGAGGUAUCAUGUUGGUUUAUUUUUGCCAACUUCUGGGAUUCUUUCUUUGGACGCUUGUUCCGACUGAAUGAUACGCAGGCAAACAGACUCGUUUCUUACGUGCAAUGUUUGGUGUUUGGCCACACAAUAACUGAGAUGGUGUACCAAGAACCAAAACAUACAAGUAAGUUGGGCGUACAAAAGCUUAGGUACCAAAGUAUUUCCAGAGUUCUCCUUCUAAUUGCUCACUGAAAUCCAACGAGUGUUUUCUUGUUGUAUUCGAUCAUCCAUGCGUUCAUUCUUUUUACGAACUGCAGUCAACUGUGACCACUAACUUGAAAUUAACAGGGAUUUUGUAGUUCAAAAAGAGUGUCACAGAUGUAUUUAUGUGUAUAUAUUUGAAUAUUUAUGACCCUGUUUUAUACUUUUAUAUAAUCAUUCCACCUUAGAAAAAGAGUGGUUCAAAUUAUUCAUUAAGGGCCUGAAAUUAAUCGAAUCCAUAAAAUAGAAUAGAAGGCCUUUUUUGCCACUGUACAAUGAAAUGAUCAAUCAAAUUCAUGCUUAUAAUAAUGGACUGUUGACUUCUUACCUUAAAGAGAGGGGUCAACUUCUCUUUGCUGUCAGUUUUUCGAAAUUUUGUAUUUUGUAUAAAUAGUCCUAGUUCCCUCAAGUAAUUGUGUAUCCCCUUUACAGUAUUGUUUCAAACAUUUCUGUUUGGUAUUUGGGUUUUACAUGUUGAGAAUUUUGUUCAAAUGACUAUUUAAUUUGAGCCUCAAUUAAAAUGAUCGGUUAAAAGUGA